UUACUUCGGUGUGAUUUUGUCCUCGUCCGAUCGACGUUUGAGGCAAGCAGCUUUUGGAUUGAGAUUGCGUUGUCGUACCUGUUCCUCGAGAGCGGUGAUGAUGGAUACAGCUUGAUGAAGGAUACCAAGUUUUGUCUGAGCUUUUUCGUUAGCAUUCGGUAAAUGCUGUCCACACAUCUUUCCCAAUUCUUUGAAGGCCGUAUUUAUGUCACGUACACGAACACGUUCACGAGCAUUAUUAGCUGAUCGUCGGUCGACGUCACGUUCAUCCCCCGACUUCAUAUCAUCAUCGGAUUCACCACGCGAUUUCGAUUUCCGUUUAGUAGAGCCACGAAUUGGCAACGAACUGAAACGAUCGAUAUCAUCGAUCGACAUUGAUCUCACAGUUGAACCCGAGGGAGCUUGUUGCAUGAUACAGUAAUCGAAGUGUCCAGGAGCUGGCGAGACUUGAGUUGGUGGGAGACAGUGAGAUGCAUAGCCGGUGUCGGUUGACGAUGGAGUGUCGGAAAGAGAAGACUGCGUGGGAUUAUGAUAGAAUGACGGGUGGCUUAGAUCGGCACUGUCCGGGAAUGGAUACGGAAGCGGCAAGGCCGGAUAGGCGCUUGAAGCACCCGGUGUCGCUGCUUUAUCAUCAGGUGGCAUGUAACCAGGAUAUCCAGGCCAAACAGUAGGCUGUUGAUACAUUGCGGACAGGGCAUCGCUCGAUACCGCUGGGUUCGUCGUCGGAGCCACAUAAGGCUUUCCAAUUUCGAGAACGUCCGUUGACCCGGUAACAUUCGUUGGAGUAGCCGAUGUAACCGGUGGUACAACAGGAGAUGGAUAUGCCGCCGGAGGAGCUGCAUAAUCCACAUCGGCACCGGAACAUAAAGGUGGAUAGGGUGGGAGGCCACCUAGAGGAGCGUAUGGAGGUGCACCGGCUCCCCAAUAACCAGCACUAAUGUCGGCCAUUUGCAGGACGUGCGGAUCCAUUGCGGAGUACGCGGAAUAGUCGUACGGAGCCGCCAUCGCACUCGAUUUUGUAUCACGUAUCUGAAAAUGGAGAGAUAUCAUCGAAGAACUAGCAAGGUGGUGUCGUGCUUUGAGCCACCAACGAUAGAACACGAUUUCUGGAGUACUUCGCACUCAGGCGGGGCGGAAACCUUUGAUUGA